AAUCGUCUUAUCUCAACGAAUUGCUGUUGUAUUUUUUUCAUUAAAUCACGAACAGAAAUACAAAAUCAAUAAUCAUAGACAUUUUAAACAAUGUUCAAUUAUUAAUGAGUUGAGAGUUGAGACGUUUAGCACUCGACCUAUCAACACCCAAAUAACAUCAUUUUACGAAAUUUAGAACUCACCACGAUGGGUCACGAGCGGACGCCAAAGCAAGUUGACGAUGAAUUGGAUGAAAUUUGUUUAAAAAUGAUACAAUUAAUGGAUGACUAUUGCUCGAGUAUUGGUCGGCUGGAACACUGUUUACGUGAUGGUUGCGUGCACCUAGCUAAAAGUAGGUACGUAAUGGGCAAUAGUAGCGUAUCUGACUUACAGCUUCCCACGUCCGGCCCGUACACUGCUCGCUCAACAGUAGUACGUGAGGAGAAUACUGAAACAAUCAAUUUGGCGCAUGACGACAGCGGCGAUGAUCCCAUCAAACGUUUUGGGGUACUCGUUCCAGGUAGUCUACGUAUGGCUCAAGAAAGAUUUUGUAAAUGUUUAGAAUCGACAAUCGAAGCCGCAGUCAUUAAAUCAGAAAUGGAAAAAGUUCGAGGAAAUUAUUUAUCAUUAAAGGAUACGAGAAGUCAGAUGACAAACAAAGUUAAUAAGUGAAAAUAACAUAAAUAAUUCCUCAUACAAUAACUUAAACUUGUAUAUUUGUCUUUUUGUUUUGUUUUUUUUUAAUACAAAUAAAUGAAAAAAAUUAUUUUAAAUAAAAAAAGAUAAA